AUGUCAGGGAAAAGACACAAAGUGGUGCACGUGGAGGUGAAGUUAGACGAUGACGAAGUAGAUAACGAAGAUGGAACUAUAACUUCUAAAUAUUUCCGGAAAAAAAAGAUAACUGGAAACUUGCAAUCAAAGGAUUCUAUGUUACCAGUAGAUGUUGAUGUAAUAAAAUCGUUAUCUAGUGAUGAAUAUUUUAGUCGGAUGGAUCGUAUUACUAAUGAUGAUCCGAGGCAAUGGGAUCGGCCUUUAACCAAAGAAACUCUUUCACAAUUACGAAAUAACGAAGAAGUACCAAGUAAUUUUUGGCCCAUUUUCUCAAGGGUUCGAAAGAUGAGAUCUCAAAUGUUAACUACUCCAGUAGAUACUAUGGGAUGUCCUAGAAUUCCCGUGCUAGUGUCGAAACAAUUCGGGAUUACUCGGAGUCAAAUGAGACCCAUAGAUUAUCGGCUACAAUUAUUGGUUAGUUUGAUCCUAGCGUCACAGACUAAAGAUGAGACUGUAACAAAAGCUAUGCAUAAUAUAAUGAGUUAUUGCUUUGCUGAAUUGCAUGAUCCUAGAGGAAUCUCAUUGUUAUCCUUAUCAAAGGUUCCGCGAUCUACAUUGGAACAGUUGAUUAAGUCAACUGGAUUUUAUAAGAGGAAAGCUUUCUAUAUUGAAAAAACAGUUCAAAAAUUAGCUCAAGAUUUUAAUGGUGAUAUUCCAGGGACUAUUUCAGAAAUGAUAAGUUUACCAGGAGUUGGCCCAAAGAUUGGUUAUCUUGCACUUCAGAAAUCAUGGGGUUUAAUUGAUGGAAUAUGUGUUGAUGUACACGUACAUAGAUUAUGCAGACUUUGGAAAUGGGUUGAUCCACAGGACUGUCAAACUGCAGAACAAACAAGAGUCUCUGUGGAAAGAUGGUUGCCUCGGGAACUUUGGUACGAUUUUAAUACUAUUCUAGUUGGAUUCGGUCAAAUAAUUUGUGGUCCCAAGAUUAGAAGAUGUAAUAUUUGUCUUGCCAAUAAAGUUUGUAAUGCUAGCAGUGUAAAAUAA